AUGGCUGCGUGGAACCGCCACCACCACUUUAACAUGCUCAUGGAUGAGAAUGCCAAAAACAAGUUGGGCGUUGUCGGCGGCGGCAUGCCAGAGGCCGCCGGCGGCGAGAGGCGGCAUGUCCCGCUGUACGGGCGGCUGGUGGCCGAGGAGCAGUUGGCGUCCAUGAGCGCGCCUUCCGACAUUCAGGUGAGCGCUAGAGCGCGCAACACCCGAGCUUUCUGCCGCUACCGUUACCCCCCUCAGGCUAUGCAAGCACGGAUACCACAUCACUUUCGGGAUCCGUCAACAGCACCGUUAAGGAAACUCAGCGUGGAUCUUAUCAAGACAUAUAAGCACAUUAAUGAGGUACGUCUAGAAUUAUACUUGAUUGUAUUGUUAAAGUCUACUUAA